ACCUGCGAUGGGAACGGGUGGUGGGUUGUGUGAGUGCGACGCCCAGCAGUCCUCUGACCGCGCGUGUGUCCGCUGGUCGUGGGUGUGAUUGUUGUCGUGAUCGUGUGUGUGUGUUUUCCACGAGCGAAGAGCUGGCGCUUCUGAGGGAUACGGACACCAGCAGACGGAGGGAGCAGCGCGUUAACUUUCUCGGUGACGUGACGACGACAGCAGGAUGUUUCCAGCGACGGCCGCGGCGGUAGCGGCGGCGCUGCUGUGCCUGGUGGCAGUUCCUGCGUCCGGGCUCGAGGGACCCAAUGUCUGCGUGCGACAAGAGACGUACACGACGACGGUGAGGGUAUCUGAACACAAGCCCUACCAGGUGAGAGAGUACACGUGGUGCUUCAACUUCCCACCAAGAUGCUCAAAGUAUAAGGUCAACUUCAAGACUGUCUACAAGACUCAAACUCUGGUCAAAACCAGGCCAGUACAAGACUGCUGUCACGGUUACACAAAGAGUUCGACAGGUGACAAAUGCAUUGCUGUCUGUUCUGACGAUUGUCUGCACGGGACAUGUGUUGCCCCUGAUACAUGCCAAUGCUUGCAUGGAUAUGGUGGACCCACUUGCAGUGUGUCGUGCCCGGAGGGACACUGGGGCCCAGAUUGCCACCACCUGUGCCAGUGCCGCAACAAUGCGAGCUGCGACCCGUACAGUGGGACGUGCCAUUGUACGCGGGGCUGGCGCGGCAAGUUCUGCGACGAGGAGUGCCCGCCCUCUCACUAUGGGCAGGACUGCAGCGAGGAGUGCCGCUGCCAGAACGGCGGCUCCUGCCACCACAUCUCAGGUGCCUGCCACUGUGCACCUGGUUGGACCGGCCCUCUGUGCCAGGACUUGUGCCCAGAAGGCAAGCACGGGGACGAGUGUCAGUCGGAGUGCCGCUGCCAGAACGGCGGGACAUGCAGCCCCACAUCUGGCCAGUGCUACUGCACCACUGGAUGGACCGGUCCAGUGUGUGCCAACCGCUGUCCUGCCGGGCUGUGGGGCCACAACUGCAGCGAGAGGUGCGACUGCUUCAACGGAGCCUCCUGCCACCACAUCACCGGCACCUGCGAGUGUGCGCCUGGCUUCAGGGGAGAUAGGUGCCUGGAGACCUGCCCAGCGGGGAAGUUUGGAGCCAACUGCUCCCAGAACUGCACCUGCAAGAACGGUGCACAGUGCUCGGCUGUCGACGGCUCCUGUGAGUGCACGGACGGUUGGAAGGGCGCCGACUGCUCCCAGCGCGCGUGUCCUGAUGGGCUGUUCGGGCCGGGAUGCAAGAGCGUUUGCGACUGUGACCCCCACAACACUGAUAUGUGCCACCCGUGGACAGGAGCGUGCGACUGCAAGGCAGGCUGGGACGGCGUGACCUGCUCGAGGCCGUGCCCACUCUACACGUACGGGAAGGGUUGCGACAAGCAGUGCGACUGUCAGAACGACGCCCAGUGCUCCCCCGUCAACGGGACGUGCAUCUGUGCCGCAGGGUUUAGGGGGGCCAAUUGCAGUGAACACUGCCCUGUUGGCACUUUUGGUGAGGACUGUGCACAUCGCUGCAACUGCAAGAAUGGUGCCACAUGCUUACCAGAAAAUGGUCGUUGCAUCUGCACGCCAGGGUGGGAGGGCACGCAGUGCGACCGCCCCUGCAAUCAGGAGCACUACGGCAAGAACUGCUCCCAACAGUGCCACUGUCUGAACAGUGCCGCCUGCAACCCGCAGAAUGGAACAUGCACAUGUCGCCCCGGUUAUGUCGGGGAAGUAUGCGAGCGACGCUGCGACUCGGGUUGGUUCGGCCACGGCUGCACGCAGAUCUGCCAGUGCCACGAUGACAACAGCAUCGGCUGUGACCCAGAGACGGGCCGCUGCAUCUGCAAGCCCGAAUGGAAGGGUGUGAGUUGCGAGACCCGAUGUGAGGAAGGCAGCUACGGGGAGAACUGCUCGGAGACUUGCAUCUGCCAGAACAACAGCUCGUGCGACCCGCAGACCGGGGAGUGUGUGUGUGCUGCUGGCUGGGAGGGCCCCGACUGCACACAGCCGUGCAAGCUCGGCUUCUAUGGGCUGGGCUGCAAGCAGAGAUGCCCUGAGGUCAUAUACGGUAUUCGUGCAUGCGACCACGUUACUGGGCAGUACUUGUGCCGGCCAGGUUACAUAGGACUCACCUGCGAGCAUCCGUGCCCUAUCAGUACGUACGGCCUCAACUGCCAGAAUAAAUGCACCUGCAAGAAUGGGGCGGACUGUCACCAUGUUACAGGAGUGUGUCGAUGCCUACCCGGCUGGACUGGUGUCAACUGCUCGCUGCCAUGCCCAGAGAACACGUAUGGCAUGAACUGCAGCCAGCACUGCAAGUGCCAGAACGGUGGGAAGUGCCGCCGCAAUGACGGUGCGUGCCACUGCGCUGCCGGCUGGAUGGGGGAACACUGCACCAAAGUCUGCCCUGAAGGUUAUUAUGGAGAUCACUGCAUGAAGCCAUGUGAAUGCAAGAAUGAGAACUUUAUCUGUCAUGCAGUUGAUGGUUGUGUGUGCCGCCAUGCAUACACAGGCCCCAACUGCGACAUCCCACUGAGCCAGCAGCAGAAGCAGGAGACGGCCAGCUAUGGUGGCGUGGCGGCAGGCAUCGUCAUCUCUCUCAUCCUGGUCGCCAUCAUCAUCGGUCUGCUCUUCUACUUCCGGCGGCGCGUCCACAACCUCAAGACUGAAAUCGCCCACGUACAGUACAUCGCGGACCCACAGAGUGCACCAGACCGACACCACUUCGACAAUCCAGUUUAUUCGUACCAGACUAGUCCGCGCACUGUGGAAGAUGGAACGGGACUCCUCCUGAACAACGUACACAAGAUUCGCAAUGAUCUCGGCUACAAGAACAACAACACAAAGUUCGAGCAGCAGAAGCUGGGACUUGCAGGAUGCACUGCUGAUGACGAAGACACAGGCAGCUGCACAGGUGCCUACGGUCUGUCAUACGAGCAUCCGGCAUCAGCAAAGAACAAAGAUGCAGAUGCUUGUAAUCCCAACGUGAAUGUUUACCACAGUAUUGAAGAUCUAAGUAAUUCCAAAGUGGAGCAUGUUUAUGAUGAAAUUAAACAGAAAGAAGGUCAGGACAUGGAGUACGAUCAUCUGGACUACAGCAGACCAGCAAGCUCAUGGAAACCGCACUACCAGAGGAUGGCCAAUGGUAUUGGACCCCCAAAAGAUCCAAAUGCCCCUGAUGACAAGCCUUCCAAGUCGUCAGACUGAAUGUGCACGUAUUUCGAGGGCUGAGGUAGCACAUAAGCGGAUUUUGUUCUGCUCUCCAAGAUAAACUGCUUGUGAAUCUCAGAAAUAGGAGGAUGUGAUCAGUUACAACCCCUGUGAGAGAUCUGUUUCAUCUGAUCCGAAAGACUCAAGUGUAAUGCUACUUACUACUGACAGAGGUAUUCUGAUAAUUUUUUGUGGUCUCUGUGCCAGGAUAAUUUUAACCAAAGGGUGAGAAACAUGAAUAAACACAAGAAUCAUGUGGAGUGGCUAUAGCAGUCAGACUUGAUAAAAUGAUUAUAUAAGCAUAGAUGAGGCAAACCACACCAGUUCUAACUAGAAACUGUCAAGCAAGUUCCUUAUCAGUGUGUGUGAAUGAGUCUCUCUGGAGUGAUAAGUUUUUCAACCCUUAAUUUUGCUUUACAAACUGAAAAAGCUCUAAAAUAUGAUCAAAAUUAGGAUUCUCCCCUUCAUAGCAAGCUCUAAUGUAGUAAUAAGUUUCUGCUGCUCAAUCAUGUUCACAUCUGCUUGUUACAGAGCCUAUGAGAUGACUGAAUUUUUCACCCUUACAAAUUAGAAUUCUAAGUCGUCUUAAGAGGUUUUAGGAGGUGUGAAAUGUCAAAAUUGAUGUCAUUGAAAAUGUUGGAAUUAUCAUUGCCCUCUCAGAGACAUGACUGUUGAAUUCAGAAGAUGAUAAAGCCUGCUGUUGAAUGUUAAUCUGAAAUUUAAAUUAAUGAAAAUGGCUCAGUGGAUUACACCAUAACUCUAACAUUGUUAUAUUUCCACCUCCACCUGUCAUUUGUCUUGUUAAUUUUCUUCAUUCAGUUACAGUUGUUCUUGUACAAAUCCUUACAUUGAAAUUUACACCGAGACAGUUACAAUUGCAUGAGGUUAGUAUGUUUGAUGUGAACUGAUUCCAAGAAAGCUAACCUGGGAACUGAUUAAUAUUAAACAGGGUGUAUUAAUAUUAAACACGGUGUAAUGCUUGGAGUGUUUGAAAAAUUGUGCAGAGUCAAAAAUGUGAACAUUUUACAGAGAAAGCACAAAAGUUCAUGAACAAGUGUUAAUACAAAUAGUGUAAUGAACUGUUGUGAAUGAAAUAUAAUCCUACAGAGUGUAGAAGUGGAUUGUGUGUUUACCUCAUUUGCUACUUCAGGGGUGUAUUUAGCGUAAUGAGUAUGAAAUGCUUGUGACGUUUGGUGAAUUUUCUCAUCUGUGUGAGAAGGACUGUUGCUAAUAAAAUAAUUUAUAUUUUUCCAAAUGAACUGUGAUUAAACAAAUUAGUAUAAUUGUUCACUGUAAAUAGUUUUAAGUAAAUGAUACAUAUCUAUUUUAUAUGUCGAUUACAUAAUAAGGGUAGCCACCGACUGUGACUGCAAUAGUUGUUCAGACAUUCCAGAAUGCACCUAGGGUACAAUUACAAGAAAUGGUGGGUGCUGUGCUGAAUGGUAUUGGCUGCUAAACAUUUAUAUGUGAGUAAUGCUGUGGUCACAUUCUUGUGAAGUCAGGACCAAGAACCUGCCUUGAAAAAAAAAAUUGUCUCCUUUUUCUUAUAUUCUUAAGUUGAGGUGACUGUACAUCUUGUGGCAAUAACUGAAACAAGUUGGCAAUAAAUCUAAAUGAAAUGUAUAUAAUGUUUACUGUUCAUACAGAAGAUGGCAUGUUUAAUAAACAAUGCUGUUUUUAAUAAAACUAUAACAAAUUCUAUGUCUUGUCUUAGUAUGAUAUUAAAUGAAUAUUUAAAUAUGUA